AUGAACAAGGCAGAAUUCAUCACUGCUGCAGGAUUUGCCUUAUCAUUGCUGUUCCACGUGAUCCAAACUGAAGUCUGUCCUCCUCCCUGCAACUGUAAGCCCCUGGAGGAAAUGAAGGGCUUGCAGAUAGACUGCAGUUCAAGGAAGCUGAAGGAAGUGCCUGCCUUACCCAUUAACACCAAGAGGCUUUAUCUGCAGAAUAACAGCCUGACCACAGUUUCUCCUGGUGCCUUUGACAGCGUUCUCAGCCUGGAGGAAAUAAAAGUAUCUGACAACCCGUGGAACUGUGACCGUCAUAUUCUGUAUUUAAAACUCUGGAUGGAAGAUUUCUCCGAAUCCUCUCUUGCAAACAUCAGAUGUGCAACCCCUGCCCCUGUGAGGAUGAAGCCCUUGAAGCAGCUGACAGGGAAUGAGCUGGGGAUCUGCAAGAGGCUUCUCCCAAUCAGAAGCCUUCAGUUCUUUUGGAGAGACCUCGUUUUAAUUGGUGCAGCAAUCUUUACACUUAUUUUACUAGGAUGGGCUCUGAAAUCCUCAAAAAAGCUGGUGUGCCAAAUAAAACUAAGUCAAUACGCUUCCAGGCGUUCACUGUUGCGGAGACGUAUCUCUAAAAGCUACAAGCUGCAAUGA